GCCCGAGCUCGGCGGGGCUGUGGCAGUGGCAGUGGCGGUGGCAGUGGUCAGGACCGGGCGAGUUGGAGCGAGCGGCGGCAGUGGUACAGCUGCGGCGGCAGCAUGGCUUCAUCGCAGGGGAAGAACGAGCUGCUUUUCGCCGACUGGAUGGCAGCGCUGCCCGCCAGCCUCCACAGCACCCCUCUCACCAACCUGGCCAUCCCCGGGUCUCAUGACUCUUUUAGCUUCUACAUUGAUGAAGCCUCGCCAGUUGGGCCUGAACAGCCAGAGACGGUCCAGAAUUUUGUGUCAGUUUUUGGGACUGUGGCUAAAAAGCUGAUGAGGAAGUGGUUGGCUACACAGACCAUGAACUUCACCAGCCAGCUGGGGGCAGGUAUACGGUAUUUUGAUCUCAGAAUUUCCACCAAGCCCAGAGACCCAGACAAUGAACUCUACUUUGCUCAUGGUUUAUUCAGUGCCAAAGUCAAGGAAGGUCUGGAGGAGAUCAACGCAUUUCUCACUGAGCACCCAAAAGAAGUGGUCUUCUUGGACUUCAAUCAUUUCUACGGCAUGCAGAAAUGCCAUCAUGAAAAGCUUGUCCAGAUGCUCAAAGACACAUACGGAAACAAAAUGUGUCCUGCUAUAUUUGCCCACGAAGUCAGCCUCCAGUACCUGUGGGAAAAGGAGCACCAAGUGCUAGUGUUCUACCACAGCCCAGUGGCUGUCGAGGUGGCCUUUCUGUGGCCAGGCCAGAUGAUGCCAGCUCCCUGGGCAAACACAACAGAUACAGAAAAGCUGAUUCAGUUCCUGCAGGCGUCCAUCACUGAAAGAAGAAAGAAGGGCUCCUUUUUCAUAUCUCAAGUAGUGCUGACACCAAAGGCUAGUACGGUGGUGAAAGGGGUUGCGAGUGGUCUCAGAGAAACGAUCACAGAAAGGGCUCUCCCUGCAAUGAUGGAGUGGGUCCGAACUCAGAAAGCGGGAGAAAGUGGUGUGAAUAUUAUCACUGCAGAUUUUGUAGAACUUGGUGACUUUAUCAGCACAGUCAUAAAGCUCAACUACUCUCUGGAUGAAGGUGAAGAUGACACUACUUGAUAGUACUGUGAUAUGUGUGUUGUUGUGUUAUUCAGAAUUUGAAAAAAAAAAGAGAAAGAUUGUAUUCUAAAAGGAUUAUAUUGUAAAACACUCAUCUUGUAACACACUGAGGUGUUUAGGGCUUUAGUGGGUGGGCAUAAGGGAAAUGUUUUCAUCAUUUAUUAUCAUUUUUCAUAUUUGUGUUUAAUGUGAAGAGCAAAAUUAAACAUGUUUACAGUGUUUGAUAAAAGAAGGCCAUGUACAGGUUCUCCAUGAGGUACCAAAUGUGAUUCAUGUGUCUUCUGUGGUUAUGAACAGUGCCAAGAAAUUUGUUGUUUUCAGAGCAAGGGGAUGUAUAUAUUGUCCUCCUCCUGCUCACAGCAGGAUUCCCAAUGGUGUAAGCAUUGCACCAGACGACUGAGGACAGUAUAUCUGGCACGAAAAUUUUAAGCUGCUACAUUUCAUCCAUUAGGUGGUUUAACUGAUCAUAUUUAUCAAUGAGCUACAGGUUUGAAUGCCUUUGUGAUGUAAAUCCAAAGUCAUGCUUAUAACACAUGCAUAAUCAGUGGACAGUAAACAUGAUGUGCUAUGUACCAUAAUCAGUGGAGAGUAAACAUGAUGUACUGUGUAGCUUGCACAAAGCACAGAUGAAAUCCUGCUUGCUUUUCAUUCUCAAAAUGCGGUUUUCCAAUGUCUCUGCCUCAGGUCAAGCCAGCAGAUAUGUGAUAUUGGCCUAACUCUGUAAUCACAGAGGCGUCUGGGUUGGAUCCUUAAAGAUCAUCUAGUUCCAACACCCUGGCCAUCGGCAGGACAAUUUUCCCUAGACCAGGUUGCUCAGAGCUCCAUUCAACCUGUCUUUACACAUUUCCAGGCAUGGGGCAUCCACAACUUUUGGCAACAUGUUCUAGUGCCUCAUGACCCUCAAAGCAAAGAAUUUUUUCCUAAUAUUUAAUCUAAACCUACUCUCAGUUUGAAGCCAUUCCCCCUUGUCUGUUACUACAUGCCCUUAUGAAAUGUCUCUCUCCACCUUACUUGUAGACUCCCAUCAGGUACUGGAUGGCCAAAAUUAGGUCACCCCAAAGCCUUCUCUUCUCCAGACUGAACAAUUCCAAUUCUCUCAGCCUUUCCUCACAGGAGAAGUGCUCCAUCCCUCUAAUCAACUUCAUUCGUCCUCUGGACUUGCCCCAGCAGGUCCCUGUCCCUCCUGUGCAGGACCCCAGCUCUGGGUGCAGUGCUCCAGGUGGGUCUCAGCAGAGCAGAG